GAGGAAUAAGGACAAACACAGGACAGCACAGUUUUGUCUGUGCUGUCCAGUGAUCUUUCCCUUCACUCACAUUGGCUUGUUCUGAAGCCCCUCCUCAUAUUGUCUUUACCUUUUUCACUCAAAUACUUCCUCCUGCUCUCAUUUAUAUCCACUCUUCUCUCCUGUCAGGUAGUUUUCUUGGUGGAUUGCCUGUUUUGGAAACCGUUGGGCCACAGUGUGAUAAUACAAUCAGAAAGACAACGUUCAGGACAGCCAGACUGACACAGCAUAUAUCCAUCCAAGAACAAUUGUUAAACCUCAUGUGCUAACAAAACCACUUUCCUCUUCAUCUGAUCUUCAUCAGUCCUUCUCACCAUGUCCACCAAGCCUACACAAACCCGACAUGAGAAAGCCUACAUGACCCUGUUGAGAGGCUUGAGAGAGCUGGACUUCCGGGGUCCUUGUGUUCCCAGUGACCUGGUGCUGAUAGGAGACCAUGCCUUCCCUUUAGCAAUGAACAGCCAAGGCCAGGUCCUGAUGGCUGCCUCUCUGUACGGCAGUGGAAGGAUCGUGGUCCUGGGUCAUGAGGGCUACCUGACCGCCUUUCCUGCUCUGGUAGAGAACGCUGUGACCUGGCUGAGAGGAGAUGGAUCUGAAAACUUGUCUGUGGGGGUCCACAAAAACGUCAAGUCAGUCUCUGAUAAUCUCAGCAAAUCCAGCUUCCAAGCAGAAGUUGUGGGGGCCUUUAGUGGCAACGUGGGGGUGUAUGUGACUGAUGCCUACAGCGUGGGUGCAGACGUAAAGGACCUGGUGGCCUUUCUGAAAGCUGGAGGAGGAGUGCUGAUAGCAGGGCAGGCAUGGAACUGGGCUAAAGAUCACCCCAAGGAGAACACGCUGCUUCAGUUUGAAGGGAACAAGGUUUCUGGUGUGGCAGGGAUCUACUUCUCUGAGCGCUAUGGAAAAGUAGAGUGCCUUCCUGUCUACCCUCAGAUCCCAUCUUCCUGGAUGGCUAUAGUGUGAGUGUAUACUUUUUCUUGGCAUAUUUGGUUCUAAGUUGUGUAAUGGUUGCGAAUCAGUCAAUGUUGAAACUUCUGCACACGUUUGGUUCAAGUUUAUAAUCAAGUUCAAUUAAGAACUGUAAGGAAAGAUGAGUCUGAAAGCAUUCUAGCGGCUCUGGUAGGUUGUAUGUAUCCAGACCAGUGCCUUGACCUUAAUGUUAACAUCAGCAUGAUA